AAAACAGAGUGGAGAAACCAGAGGGAGGGAGAGAGAGGGAAUGAGAGAGUGCAAAGAGGGAGGGAUGUCCCUAAUGUCAUUAUUAUAAGCAUUUGACAAGAACCACCAAUGCAGAUAUGAAGGAUUUGCUACAGUGGAGCAGACACACAGCUUUCAACAGCAGACAUUGAUGAGUCACAGAGAACAGGGAAUUUCUGUACCGCCACAUUCUGUAUUACCUGCUGUGGAUUCAGGUGGAGAACAGAGUAUUCUGUGAGAGGCUCACCAACCUAUGGAUGCAAGCAGGCACAGUCCAGUAGAUUGAGUAUUGCAAGAUCAGAAGAAAAACCCAGCUUCCAGCAAACAUGACUACUGCCAGCAGAUUGUUGGAUGAGCUUUGUCACCUCACUGCCCAGUCUCUGGUGUCUCUUGAGACUACAGAGCACUUCCAGAUCAUCAAGCUCCUGGGUGAGGGCUCAUAUGGCCAGGUCAAGCUGGCGGUCCACAAGACAAGGGGAACUCCCAUGGCUCUGAAGUUUUUCCCCCGUGAAUCCACCGGCCUGCUCUCCUUCCUGAGGGAGUACAACCUCUCUUUGGCCUUCUGCUCUCACCCCUCACUAACCUCCGCUCUGGGCAUCGUGUUCUCCACUCCAGAGCACUACGUCUUUGCCCAGCAACCCAGUCUCUAUGGUGACCUGUUUGAUGUCAUCGUGCCAGAGGUUGGUUUGGAGGAGGACUGCGCUCAGCGGGUGGCGUCACAGAUCAGCGGGGCCCUCUCUCAUCUCCACCGCCUGGGAUUCGUCCACCGUGACCUAAAGCCCGAGAAUAUCUUCCUGUGCGACCGCGAGUGCCGCUGGGUCAAGCUGGGCGACUUUGGCAUGGCGAAGGCACGAGGGGUGCAGGUGCCCUGCGUCUGGUACAGCUCCGCGUACUGCACACCGGAGGCGGAGAUCGCCCGGGACACUGACCAGCCGAGCAGCACCGAGGGAGUAGGGGGGGACUGGAACGCCGUCCCUCUGGAUGAGAACGGAAACCCCAUGGAGGAGAAGAAGAAGAGCCGGAUCCGGGUCACGGUGGAGCCCAGCACGGACACUUGGGCUUUGGGCAUGUUGAUCUAUGCCAUGCUGAGUGGUGUGCUGCCCUGGGACGAGACGGCCUCCAACAACCGGGGGUACAUGAAGUACAAGGAGUGGGCCGAACAGGCGAGCGAAAGACUGAGAAACGAGGAGAUGAACGGACAAGACAAGGAUGGACAGAUGAAUGGACAGAAAGAGAGAAAUGUGAACGACAACAGCAUUGCACCACAGUUUGCAUGUUUCACGCCGCUGGCGUGCUCCCUCUUCCUGUCACUGCUUCACCCGCAGGCGGCACUGCGAGGGGGGGCCCACGAUGUGGGGGGGUACCUGGGGGGGUCGUGGCUGCGGGAGGAACACAGGAGACAGAGAGAGGAGGCAGAGGCGAACCGCAAACAGAGAGAAAUCAUGGAUACACAGAAAGAGACAGAGAGAGCAGAAAGCAGAGACAGAUAAAACUGAGGUCACAACUAACUCCAAUGCUUAAUUAUGUUGUAUACUAGUAGGACCUCUAGUAGAAAGGUGAUGGAAGGUAGGUGUUAUUUUUUAUCUUUACACUGCACUUUGCACUAGACCAAAUUGUAUAUUUAUCAUUGCGCACAUCUGUAAUACGCUUUAAAUAUGUAUACUUAUAUCGUUUGGUUGUUUAGUUUUCUAUUGUAAAAUUAUAUUCUUAUAUUCUAGUAUAUGCAGUAUAGUAGAAAAGUGUCUUAUGAUCCAUCCACGUUCUGAAGAAAUUAUGCCAAAAUUGGUUGGCCAUAUUGGCAAAAUUGGAGCCAUAAUCUGCACAGUAAGUGCUUUUUGGAGCCAGAGCACGCGUAGUAAACAGGAAAUCAGCAAGGUCCACCCAGAAUUAUCCAUAUUUGGUUAAAUCUCCAACAUUUUGGUGUUGUAAUAGAUCCACAAUGUUCAUUUUACUGGCAUCAACAAACUAUCCUUCAACUGAAAGAUAAGUAUUCAUAAUUGUUUAUUUUUCCUAAAGCUAGAUAAUUGUUUACAACUCUAUUUAUAAAAUUUCACUAUGUUGUUGCUUGUGUCUGAUGUGUACCUAUGACCAUAACAUGGCUUAUAGUAUAUACUGUAUAUUUGCAAUGGUCUGAAAUAAAUCAUCUCAGUUAUA